UUCGGUUGGUCGUGUCCGGUGAAGAAGCAGCUGAUGGACUGAAGCGCUCCGAGAUCCGGAACCGAGCCGCGGGUUAAAGUCACACAGAGAGAAACAUGACGGGAAAUUAAAAGCGGAAUCAGAGAGAGAGAGAGAGAGAGAGAGAGGCGGGAUGGACGGCAGGCUGAGCCGCGGCUCUCCGCGGGAGGACGGUGAGUUGGAAGACGGGGAGAUUUGCGACGACGAGGCGGAGGUGAAGCAGCAGCGCGAGCCGCGGGGCGCGAGGCCUGGACCCGGAUCCCGGAAACUGAAAACCUCCACACCGCGGUCCAAACCCAACGGCACGGGACCGGGGAAGGACUUCCGGCCUCCGCCACCGCAGUUCAGAGCCGGACCCAUGUUGCACGGCCCGUUCCCCGUCUGUCCCUCCGGUCCGGACCGGUUAGAGCCGCCCAGUCCCCGGACCAGCUUCUGGGAGCGCAGCCACGGAGCACUGGGCCGCCUCCGGUACCGGGGCAGAACCGUGGAGGGCCGCGGGGACAGAGCGCGAGCGGCCGGGAGGGGCAGGAAUAUACACCGGAAAGAUUCACCCAACCGGAAACAGAAGCAGGGUGGCCGGGUGGCAGGUCGUAAACCUGUGUAUGUCGCCUCGAAAUCAGAGAACGGGAUGGACGAGAGCUUUGAGGAUCUGCUAAUGAAGUACAAACAGAUUCAGCUGGAACUGGAGUGCAUCCGCAACCAGGAGAGGAGAGCACUGAAACCCAGCGAGGACUCCCCUCACAGGGAGCAGGAGGACAUGCCCACUGCUGAGGCACCGCUGCCACAGGGGCCAGACGCGCACCGGCUGGAGGAGGAGAGCAAGGCGUUCCAGGCUUUUAACCUCCGACCGCUCAGACAGAAACUACUCACACCUGCAGAGAGAGACGCACUAAAUACUAAGACCACCCAGGGGGCGGAGCACAAAGAGGCAGAGCACAGUGAGGAGAAAAACGAAGAGGUGAAAAGGGAGGUGGAGAAAAGUCCUGUCGAACUGACAACCCUGAACGAAGCUGAAGAAGAGGAAGAAGAGUUGUCUGACCUGAGCAUCUCACUGAGCAGAGAGUCCAACAAAACUCGUGGCAAGGAUGAGGAUGACGAGCUCUCGGAGCUGCAGUUGCGUCUCCUCGCUCUGCAGUCGGCCAGCCGCAGGUGGCAGCAGAAGGAGCAGCAGGUGAUGAAGGAGAGCAAAGAGAAACUGAAUCGUGCCAAAACCACGCCUGAUCACUAUCGGGUCACCACCAGGUCAGCCUCCGCCGGGAGGGGUCGCCCAGGGUCAGGGGUCAAAGGUCAGGAGAAGGGCAGAACCCCGGGUAGACCAGGCACAGAGCGGAGUAAAGCACCACCUAAAGGACAUCCUGCUAAACACACUGUGAGCCCAGUGUCGAAGCAAGCUUGGAGGAAGCAGCAGCUGCGGACGUGGAAGCAACAGCAGGAGGCACAGAAACAGAAGAGUGAGGAAGAGGAGGAAAAGAAGAAGAGAGAGGAGGAAAUCCGCAAGAUCAGAGACCUGUCCAAUCAGGAAGAGCAGUACAACCGCUUCAUGAAGCUAGUGGGAGGAAAACACCACACACACACCAAGUCCUUAGAUCCUGAACACAGGAAGUUGAUGCUGAAACAGGGACUCGAUUUGUCGGGUAACUUGUACCAGUAUGACAAUUAUGACGAGGUUGCCAUGGAUACUGACAGUGAGACAAAUUCUCCAGCUGCUUCUCCAGCCCAUGAGCCUUUUGGUGCUACUGGGGCUCUGUACACGCUCCCAGUUUUCUCUUUAGGCUCCACCCUUUUCCGACAGGACAUGUCUCAGUAUUGUGUGGAUCCAAUGGGUGUGGUUUCAUUGGCCCCGCCCCCUCCUCCACCCCCAAUGCCCCCUCCGGAGGAAUCGGAGCGUCCACCCAAACCUCCUUUUGCAGAUGAGGAAGAGGAGGAGGAGAUGAUGCUGAGGGAGGAGCUUCUCAAAUCCCUAGCUAACAAACGUGCAGUGAGAGCAGAGGACUCGUCCAGUAACAGUGGCCCUCCCUCUCCGAUGAGAGCUGUAGCUCCACCCACCAUAAGGGCCUCUGCUGCUCCUUCUUCUGUUUCUCUUGGUUUAGGCACCAGCUCCGCCCACUCCCGUGCUUCCAGCAAGUUUGGCCGAGGAGCUGCGGCUUCCAGAGCGCCGCUUGUGCUGCCGCGCCAUAAAUCCGUGGUUGUUCGUCUGAAUGCGUCUGACGACAGCGACUCUGAGAUCGAGGCCUCCAGCUCGGCACAGUGUGUGUUUGGUGGCCUGGAGUCCAUGAUUAAAGAGGCGCGGAGAACUGUGGAGGCGGCGAGACCGAGGCCUGUUCCUGUGGCUGAGAAGGAAAACAACCCGCUAAGGACAAUGGACACUUUACUUGAGGGAACUGCGAUGGAGUACCGCCUCCUGAGGGCGGAGUUAAACAGUCGUGAGAAUCAGCGAAUGAAGAAAUCGGAUUCUGCCACGUCGUCUCCAGUCAGAUUUGACUCAGAUGUUGAUGUUCUGGGAAAACCAUCUGAACUCAACGAGACGGAGGAGAAACUCCACAAACACCAGGCUCAGCUGCAGAAGGACCAGGUUCUGCUAGAGCAGCUCCAUCAGCAGGAGAUCAGGAAGAAAGAGUCUCUGAAACUGGCUGAGGCUAAAGUGGUGCGACUGAAAGAGCAGCUGCUCGCAGCAGAGAAGGUGGCCAGCGCAAACAGAGUACUGCUGAGGAAACUGCAGGAACAGAUCCAGCGUGUGCAGCACCGUGUGGUAGUGAAACAGCACCAGGCCCUGCGGAUGGAGAGAGAGCUGUUGUCUCAGGCAGGAACAGAGAGAGAGAACUACAAACGCACCACACAGCCCUCAGCGGGGAAACGACGCCGUGUGGACUUCACUGACUCACACUAUGCUGAUCUGAUGGUGCAGAAGAAGCGCCUGCAGCAGCUGGAGAGCGAGUACGCGCUGAAGAUCCAAAAGCUGAAGGAAGCACAGGCUUUGCGUCAGGCCAACACUCCCAUCAUCCCCUGCAGCGUCACACAGCCCUCGCUUCACGACCUCACGCAGGACAAACUCACACUUGGGACUGAUGACCCCGGUGAUGACCCUGACACAGAAGGAGCAGACCCACAGCCUGCUAAUGCCAACACCACCGCCAGCACCACCACCACACGCCGCCGAUCUUUUCGCGAGUCUGGGUCGUUCACAAAACCCAAUCUGAGCCACGCUGAGACUCCAGCCAUGCCCACUACACCAACCACGCCUGCCACGUCCACCAAACAGACCAUGCCCCCCACAGAGCUGCUUCUCUUCGGCCUGAACAUUGAGGACCUGCGGCUGCGCUACCAGCAAUGUGAUGUGCUACCAGACCUCCUGAGACAGGAACUUCAAGCACAAGGGGGCGCUCUGCUGGACAUCCAGCCCAGCGGCAGGGCCGUUCAGGUGGACGUUGACCCCAUGGCGCCGCAGCAGGUGCGGAGUGAGCUGAAGCCGGUUCCGUUCGGUCCGUAUCGCAGUCCUCUUCUGGUGUUCAGAUCGUACAGGUUCAGUCCAUAUUUCCGCACUAAAGAGAAGCUCUCUCUGAGCUCCAUCACGUAUAGUCAUGCUAUCGAGCCGCGAAAGUGCUUCUGCCGCUUCGACCUGAUGGGAACCUGCAACGACGAUGGCUGCCAGUGGCAGCACAUGAGGAACUGCUCUCUGAAUGGAAACCAGUUGUUCCAGGACAUCCUGUCCUACAGCCUUCCUCUGAUUGGCUGCUCAGAUGAGAGCUCCACUAAUGACAUCACUCAAUCUACAGAGAAGUACAUCAAGAAGCUGUUUGGAAUGAAUAAAGACCGGAUGGGUUCAGACCAGAAGGCGGUGCUGCUCGUCAGUAAAGUCAACGAGAGCUUACGGCACGUGCCACCAUUUACCACCACCAAACACCGAAGGAAAUGGAGACCAGAACCACACAGAACCUCACCUGACCCCAACACUGCAGCUGAGAGCGAGGAGGAGAACAUCACCAUACCUGCUGCUGCUGAGGAGGACAGGCGUGUGCCAGAGUGCCGGUCCGUGUCGGAUGUGUGUGUCACUCAGGAUGAUAAGCGAUACUUCGACAGCGAAACGGACGACAUUUCGAAUCUUGAGUACAGUGUGUUAGACAGCCCGAGAGACAGACAGCUGUGGAUCAAACUUGCCUACAGAUACCUCAACCAGAAAGACACCCCUGUGACCGAGUGUGUGGAUGCUGCACUGAACACACUCUCACGUGCUCUGGAGGAUAACCGUGAGGAUGAGGAGCUGUGGUGCCACUACCUCACGCUGUUCUCACGCCGCGGGAGCACAGAUGAUGUGAGGGAGAUGUGUGACAUGGCUGUGGAGCACGCAGCUCACUACACUGUGUGGUGGACUUACCUGAGCAUCGAGAGCUCAUUUGAUGGUAAAGAUGCGGUGUGUAAACGGACACUGCAGUUCCUGAUGGAUGCUGCAGAGGGUGCUGUGGAGGAGCGCUCAUCAUUUCAUCUGCUGGAGACGCUGCUGUACCGAACGCAGCUCAGUGUGUUCACCGGCCGAGUGCGCCAUGCCCAACACAUCCUGCAGGAAGUGCUGGUGUCGGAUGGUAAGGGUGCUAUGUCGGGACGUCUCACUCUGCGUCACCGCUGUCUCGCAUGGCUCUCCUACAUCCACCUGUGUGAAUUUGGGACGCUUCCUGCACACCUGUACGAUCCAGCUAACUCAAACUUGUCCCGGAUUGUGAGCCUGGAACAUUUCCUGUUUCCCUGGAAGUCGAGUGAGGAUGUACACACUCCUCCUGAAUGCCUCAUCACGCUGUUCCAGGAUGCGUUAUUGAGGUGUGUGGAUGAGGGCGUGUCUCCAGCUGAACAGACGCUUGCGUGUCUGCCUCUGCACCUCAACCUGCUCCACCUGCAUAAAGUCCUGGGAAGGCUGAAGGAAGCCACUAUGCUGUGUGAGAGCACGCUGGCCGUCAUUCCUCACUGCUGCCCCCUGUUGGAAAGUCUCAGUGAGCUGCAUGUGAAAAGCGGAGACACGGCUGAAGCGGCGAGUGUGUGGUUGCGUGCACACAGACUCCACCCUCACGACGCCAGAGUGUUUUACAGUCUGUGUAAAUGUCUUCACGCACAGGAGAGACACAGUGAGCUCGAUGUGCUCUUUAAGCAGUUUGUGUGGUCUCUGUGUGAUGGUGUUCAGGAAGAUCUCCAUCCUGCUGUGGUGUUACGGCACUUUCUGGGGGUCCCAUUAGAGGACCUGCGGCUCACUGUCCCCUCACUCCCCGAGCAGCUCCAGGAUCAGCUCCCCUACCUGCACCUCACACACAGUUUCUGGCAGUCGGUGCGAGGCAGUGUGGUUGAUGCGGUGGAGGCUUUUGAGGCAGCUCUGGGAGCCAUCUCAGACCUGGAGGUGGUGAAGAAACUCUGGCUUGAUUAUCUCCUCUUUACUAGCAGUAAGCUGGCAGGCCGAGAGCUGCGUGUGUUCAGUGAUCUGGUACAGCGCUGCCUGAACACCAUGCCUACCAGGAUCACCCUUCCCUAUGACAGCGCCACCUACUGGAGCUGCUACAGCUUCCACAACCAGGUGAUCUCACUCUAUCUGAGUUUCCUCCCUCCAUCGCUCCACUCAUCUGCUUUGGAGAGAUUCAGACAUUUAAUGCCCAGCAACACUGAGCUCAUCCUCAGGGUUCUGCAGCAGGAGUGGAGUGACAGUAACGUGGAGUUUGUGAAGCUGCAGACUCGCCUGAUGACUGCGACGGUUCCCGCCUGUCUGUCUGCCUGGAGGAUAGCGGUUGCUGUACAGAAGCAGCAGAAGGGAAGAUCUGAGGUGCAGAAGCUUUACCAGCAGGCUCUCCAGAAGCUACCACUGUGUGCUGCUCUGUGGAAAGAUUGGCUCCUGUUUGAAGCUGCAGCUGGAGGUAAAACUGACACACUGAACAAACUGGUUGCGAAAUGCCAGGAUGUGGGAGUGAGUCUGAGUGAGCCGCUCAGUGUACACUCUCACACUCAGGACUCGUGAAGUCUGCAGUCACACCCUUCCUCCCUCGCUCCCUUCAUCCCUCCCUCCCUUCAUCCUUAAACCCCUCUCACACACCUCUGCCAAACACACACCACCCUCCCUUUCAUAUAUCUGCCAAACACACACUGCAGUAGAUAGAGCGGCGUGCCUGAGUGUGCGCGCGUGUGGGUGUGUGUGUGUGGGUGUGUGUCGGCGAGCUGAAGAACAUGAACUCCAGCUAAGCGAGUGUGUGUCCUCCAAGGCGUCCUCUACGUAAGUAUGGAGCUGAUCACACAGCUGCUGCUGUUUCUGUGCUUUCUUUUAGUUGUGUGUUCCGUGUGUGUGUUUUAAUCCGAUUUUAUUUUGUUCGUCUGCGGCUCCGAGUUAACGGACUCUUCUCCCUCACCACCACGACCACGUAGUGAUGUUCACAAUGACAGUAUUUUAAAGAUGGCUUCCUUCAGCCAGACGUUUAUUUUCAGCAUAGAACAUGGCGGAUGAGACUCUACAUGUUUCUGAAGUUGUUUUAAGGGCGUAGGAAAAAAAACGGAUUAAAAACGGCUGCCAGACCGAAGUAUUGUGUGAAUUGAACCUGAGCGGUGUGGGCCGUGUGUAUGGAGACAGCGCUGGAGACUGCUGAACGCUGCCACAUGCUGGUUAGGAUCCAGCAGCGAUUGAUGAGUAACUUUAAGUGCAAGUGGUUUUUUUGUUUUUUUUCCAUGUAAAAAUAUCUACUAAUUAAAAGUAUUCAGGAACAUGCAGGAAUGAUUUUUCAACUGUUUUGUAAUCAAAAUAUGUUUCAAUUAAAUUAUUUUGUAAAGAUA